CAGAUGUCGGCGACCCAGUCCGUCCAGACCUUUGGCAAGAAGAAGACCGCCACCGCCGUGGCUCUCGCCAAGGAGGGCAAGGGCCUCAUCAAGGUCAACGGUGUCCCCCUCAGCCUCUACGGCUCGCCGAUCCUCCGCGGAAAGUUGUUCGAGCCGGUCCUCCUCCUCCAGUCGUUCACCUCGUCGACGACCUCGCUCGCGUCGCCCCUCGCCCGCAUGGACAUCCGCCUCCGUGUCUCGGGCGGUGGCCACACGAGCCAGCUGUACGCCCUGCGCCAGGCGAUUGCCAAGGCGGUGGUCGCGUACGUUGCCAAGUACGAGGACGCUGCGUCUGCGCUCGAGGUCCGCAAGGUCCUCGUCGCGUACGACCGUUCGCUCCUCGUGGCUGACCCGCGUCGCUGCGAGCCCAAGAAGUUCGGCGGCAAGGGUGCGCGCUCGCGCUACCAGAAGUCGUACCGUUAAGCGGGCUCGCGUCGGUGGAUCGUCGUCGUCGUGUACUCGUAGCGACGUCAUCUGGUGGUCGUGCAACCCUCUUUCUGGCACUCGAGGUCCGAGAGCCGCGACCGAGUCCGUUUCUCG